GUGGUUAUUUUAUUUAUUUUAUCUAGAUUACUUUUUUAUUGAGUAAGAUUACACACGUUUGACUGAAUAGCAUAAAUUUAGCGAGUGAGAGAUGGAGACGCGUGCUGAGUCUGGCAGCAUGUCGCCGGCGCGCGUGAAGCUGGAGCCCGAGACGGACCAGUCGGAAAUGGCCCCUGUGAAGGAAGAAGCUGUAUUCCUGGCAGAGGAGCGUGUGAAGGAGGAGUGGUCGGACAGCACGGCCGUGCUCGGCGUGCGCGAGGCAGCCAUGCUGGCCGACUUGUACAUCGAGCACGAGGUGAAGGACGAGCUCGUGCUGGGGCCGGAGCGCCCGCACCGCCCCGUAGUCGCCCCGGCCGCGCUAUAUAAUCGUGUCGCAGCGUCCGCUCUCGUCUCCCCUGCUGCGGUGUCGGGUGUGCGCCGCUCGUGCUCGGUCAGGCUGGAGCGCCUGCUGGUGGACGCGGCGCGGCGCACCUGCCGGGUCGCGCGCCGCACGUACAAGCUGCGCGCCGCCGAGCCCGCACACACACCCAGCGCCAUCGCCACCGGCUACCAGUGUCACCAUUGCGGCAAGCGGUUCAGGAACAAGUCGGUUUUAAAGAAACACGUACACACUCACUCUCCUUUACACGAUUCAACCGCAGGAGAUUAUGGUUUAAAACGACAUCACAUGCUACACGACGAAAAACGGUCUCGACAGUAUUACAUGACUACACACACAGAUUUACAGAGUCAUUUGAUAACUCACACAGACGACGAGAAGCGUUUUAGUUGUAGCCACUGUGACUACAAGUGUAGACGAAAAACAGUCUUAAAGACUCAUCUUUUGAAUCACACUGGCGAAAAGCCUUUUAGUUGUGGCCAGUGUGACUACAAAUGUAGACAAAAAGCAAAUUUACAGACUCAUCUGAUGACUCAUACUGACAAGAAACCAUUUAGUUGUAGCCAGUGUGGCUACAAGUGUAGACGAAAAGCAGACUUACAGACUCACCUAAUGAUUCACACAGACGAAAAGCCUUUUAGUUGUAGCCACUGUGACUACAAAUGUAGACAAAAAGCAAAUUUACAGGCUCAUAUGAUGACUCAUACCGACAAGAAGCCAUUUAGUUGUAACCAGUGUGACUACAAGUGUAGACGAAAAGCAGUCUUAAAGAUUCAUCUUUUGAAUCACACUGACGAAAAGCCUUUUAGUUGUAGCCACUGUGAGUACAAAUGUAGGCGAAAAACUUAUUUAAACUCUCACCUGAUGACUCAUACUGACGAGAAGCCAUUUAGCUGUAGCUACUGCGACUACAAGUUUAAACGAAAAGCAGAAUUACAUAUUCACCUGAUGACUCACACAGACAUGGAUCCUUUUAGAUGUAAGCAGUGUGACUACAAGUGUAAACAAAACUUAGAAUUACAGAUUCACCUAAAGACUCACACAAACAUGAAACUUUAUAGUUGUAGCCACUGUGACUACAAGUCUAAACGAAAAAGUGGUUUGCAAACUCAUCUGAUGACUCACACAGGCGAAAAGCCUUUUAGUUGUAGCCACUGUGACUACAAGUGUAGACAAAAGAUACGUCUAAAGCGUCACCUGUUGACCCACACAGACGAAAAGCCUUUUAGUUGUAGCCAGUGUGAGCGCAAAUUUAGACAAAAAGCUGAUUUAAAGCGUCACCUGAUGACUCAUACUGACGAGAGACCAUAUAGUUGUAGCCUCUGUGAUUACAAGUUUAGACAAAAAGGAAAACUACAGAGGCACCUGAUGACCCGCACACAUAAGUUGCGGUUAUUACACGUAGAAGAGGAAAACAGUUAGGGGCUCACCUGUGGAGCGCCCUUCAUGUAUGUAUACCGUGUGUGGUGAGGCUUCAAGUGCAGGAAGAAACCAGAGCUACGGCCACACUUAAUGAAUCACUCUGGUGAAAAACUUUUCAAGUUGCAGUACUCAUACAUAAAAGUUGUAUUGUAACACUGGUAAUAAACAAUUUAUUAUUUUUAACCGACUUCAAAAAAGGAGGAGGUUCUCAAUUCGACUGAAUGUUUUUUUUUUUUUUGUAUGUAUGUUACUCGAUA